AGGAGGAUGGGCGGGGUUUGCAAAACAAUACUGUGUUUCAUUGCUGAGGAGCUUACGGACGCGUCAGGGGCUGCCCCCCCAAGUUAUCCCCCAGUUUAUCUUCGGACGAGCCUGUAAUGGACUACUGCAGUUCUCCUAGCCUGGUCGGAUUUUGAGAAACGUUUGCAUUUUAGCUCCUUUCCUUCAGAUAUUCCUCAUUCAAGUCAGCAGGAUGACUGAUAAGGAGCCAGAAUCGCCUGGAAAACUAAAGGCAUUAUUAUAGCCAGAAUUGGCUUUUUCGGAACAGGGGGCCUAUCCGAACGGACAAUUUCUUUUCACAACUUUCCUCUCGGUGGAUAAUGGAUGGCAGAGAUUUUGGACCUCCCCGAUCCGUCCACGUACCACCUCCGUUGUUGGCGGGGCUUACAAUGGAGUCUCACCGACUCGGAGCAGCCGCAGCCGGGAGGAUCCCUCCCUCGCCCGGUCACUUGGGCGCGAAUCAUCCGCCGCCUCUCCACUCUGGAAAAUUCUUGCCAUCGGCCAUUAACCUACAUCCACACCACAGUGAUGCCUUCCCAGCAGGCUCCAGUCCCUUCCUGUCAGGUUAUUCAGGCCCCUCCCCCCUGACAUCUGACCCUGCCUACAGAUCGACCAAUCCCAGCAGUCUGCAGAUGGCUCAGCUCUGGGCAUCACAUGCUCAUGAAGGCUACCCUCCUCUGCCAAGCAGCCUGUACUCCAGCCCCUACCUGUCCCUGGGGCACCUGGAUCCUCCCACGCUCUCCCAGCACCCUCUCUACGACUCACAUAAAGAAGGAUUUUACCUGCCACCCACCUUGAGUCAGUUGCCCCUCCACCCCCCAUCUGCACCUCCGAGUGCGCCAUCCAGCUCAACACCGCCACAGAGGACGUCCCGGGAGGGGGGUAGGGACCGGCAUUACCGGGGGGAGAGAGAGAAAGAGAGGGACAGAGAGCGGUCAAGAGAGGAGCAGAGGCCACACAGUGUGGUGGACCUGACGCAGGACGGGAAGAGUGAAGAGGACCGCAGGGCGAGGAGCAGUGAUCGGGAACGAGAGAAAGAAAGGGACCGGGACAUAGAGAGAGAUAUUUGGUCCUUCCAUCCUCACCACCACCACCAGCAUAAGUCACACUCUCAACCUUCAACAGCAGAGCCCAGAUUCAGACCGUCACCUCCACGACCCUCCUUCCCUUCAGGUGGGGUUGGGAGCGUGGGUAGGUUUCAUGGACCAGAAACAGACAGAGGGGGUCGGGAUGAAGAGGGGAGCUCUCGACCCCAUCAGAUUCAUAACGCUAACUCAAAUAACUCAAACUCUCACUCAGACAAGCAAAGGAGGAAUGACUCUUUGUCCAUGUCGGCUGGGACCCUCCACAUCUCCUACGCCCACCCUCCUGCUCUUCAGCCCUCUGCUGCUGGCCUGCCCCACCCCUCAACACCCAGAGAGCCUAUCAGAGAGCAGCGAGUCAGCGCGCCGACAUAUGUGCCUUCUGUGGAGGUUUACGACGAGCGGACUGGACCCAUCCAGAUCGCUUCGCAGGCCCGUGACAACAAACACAGUGACAAACACAGAGACAGAGAAAGGGAACGAGACCGAGAGCGAGAGCGAGAGCGGGACAGAAACAGGGAGAGAGAGGCCUAUAGGAUUCCUGAGAGGAGCUUGAUGGAGCAUCCUCGACUCUGCCAGUCUGGCGAUUCAGGCAAUCAAAGAGAGGAAGGUUCUGUCAUUUGUUCCAAUGGUUCGAUUGGUAAACGAGGGCAGGAUACGUCUUACCCCUCUAAUCAAGCAAGGUUCAGUCCAGAAACCAAGGACAUCCCUAAACACUCAUUCAGAUUGGGCAUAGAACGGGCAGCAACGGAAUCUAAGUGGAACACCAUUAGCCCAAUAGCCAACUAUGCCACAAGUCACAUGGCUGCCCUGGCAGCCCAGCACGGACACACACUCUCCUCUCCCCACAGCCAGCAGACACACGCACAAAUUUCCCAAUCGCCUCACUCGACCCACCGGCCCAGUAACUCCACCCAUAGCCAUUCCCCACAAACACACCCCUCCCCACACGGACAUGGGCACACAGGUGAGGAGGGGAGUCAGAGACGUUAUCUGGACCCAUCGGUGCUGUACCGACCUGGGGGGUCAUUGGCAGGAGGGUCUGGUAGUGGGGAGCGAGUCGGGGGAACGGGUUCAGAUCCCUCAGAGGUCUCAGCCAUGCAGAGUCUCAUUAAAUACAGCGGAAACUUUGCUGCUGAGGGUCCCGGGUCUUCCAGGAAUGCUACAGAAAGUCGAGGGCCCUUUGGGGGUCUAGGUAACAUAGGUUCAGAAGCCGAUAGAGAGAGGGCACGGGAAAAAGAUAGAGAGCGGGAAAGAGAGAAGGAAAAAGAAAGAGAGAGGGAGAGAGACAGGGAAAGGGUGACAGUUGGAUCAGGCCCUUCAGGGGCCUUGAGGGUGCCUCCCCAGCUGAAGAGGGAGCAGGAGCGGCCGGACAGCGCCCGCUCAUUUGGCCGGGAGGGGGAGGGAGAAGUGCGCCACCCUCCCGUUGGCAUUGCUGUGGCUGUGGCCCGGCAGAGAGACAGUGGGAGCACUAGUAAACAGACCAGUGGGCCUUCAGACACACAGAGAACUCUGCUGCAAACAGCUAUUAAAGAUGAGGAGCGAGGGGAGGAGCGUGCUCGUCACCAUGAUGACAGACUGCUGGCCGGUCGGCUGGAGCGUGAGCAGGAGAAAGUGCUCAGAGAGUCCAAGGAGCUGGCAGAGUUUACACAGAUGCACCCUGUCCCUCUUUCUAGUGGCUUGACACCCAGUAUGAUGACACCCAGCCUCAUGACCCCCAACCUUAUGGUAACGGGCGGGGCUGCUCUGGCGGGGGCAGGACGAUGGCCUCCUGACCCUUCAACUCUGACCUCUCACCCCUGGAUGUCCCGGCCUGGAGCCCCCCCAGUCUGGCUCUCCAGCUCACCAUACAGCCUGGGUCCGUCCUCACUCCACCAGACCCUUCCUCCAGGUUACCCACCCUCUCUGCCAGGCUCCAUACCCCCUCCCUACCAGUUUGCCAGGGACCCACAAUCUGGACAGCUAAUAGUCAUCCCCACUGAACACCUGCCACACUACGGAGGUGACGUAUUGGAGCGUGGAGGCCCAGUGUGGUCCGGGGUAUACGGUACAGGCAGUUCACUACAGCAUGCAGCCCAGCUCCAACUCCUCUCCCAGCAACAGAUGCUCCGACAACAGGAGCUGCUCAUGAUCCAGCAGCACACAGUGCAAGUCCUGGAGCUGCAGAGAAACGCUCAGCUAGUCGUAAGUGGACUUGGGGAGCGUUUGAAGGCCAGUGAGCACCGGCCAGAGAUGGACGACAAAGCAGACAAGCGGAAUGUCGACCCAAAACCCCGCCCCUCCUCUAUAUGCUCUCCGUCUCCCUCACCCGUCCUGCACCCCCGCAAACCUCCCCUUCCCUCUCGUUCACCAACCCCAUCUACAUCCUCUCUCACCCCGCUACCUCCGCUCUCCUCACCAGUGACCACCCUAAAGUCAGAGGAUGGUGGGCAGAGGGUGUUGUCUCACCCAGCAACGCCCCUUCCUCGCCAGCCUUCCCCUCACUCGGCCUCUCCGCCCCCGUCCUCGCCACGACGGCCUAAACAGGAGGCAGCCGAAGAGGGGGAGGUGGGAGGGCGGGAGUUGAGAGGUAGACAGAAGCCUGCUUCGACAUCCUUUCAAGGCAUCUACUCCGAUCUCCCUCCAGGUUACCCUUACCAGUCUAUCACUGCUCCAUUUGGCUCACCUUUCAACAGUUAUCAUAUCCCAGCACCCACAGGGGCAAACACAGAAGUCCUCCCACCACAUCACUCCCGCUCCUCUUCGUCUGCUGCCCCUUUGCCCUCAGCUCACCUGCAUUCAAGGCUGUUGGAAGCAGACAUCAAGCCACAGAAGCUGGAGUCAUCAAAGUCAACGUCUUUUCUCAAGCAGGAACCCGGUCUGGAGCAGACUCGGCUUGACACGACGCCAGAACCUCUGGGUUCUCUUCGCCGGAGCUGCAGCCCUGUGCUGGUCAGCCAAGACAGAGAGGGGGAUGGGGUAUCCCCAAAGCCCAAGCCUCAGCCACUACCUCUGCAUGUCCCCAGCCCUCCACCACAACAACCUGAAAGACUUGAAGAAGUCAGCGAGGGAGAGAAGGAAGGAGGGCAAAUCAAAAUGGAGGUGUCAUCCUAUUCCUGUCAGGCAGCGUACCCCUUGCCCCCUGUGCUCACAGAAGCUGAGCACAAACCAAAGGUCAUCAAGGAUCCAGAACGAUAUCCACCAUGCGUCACUGCAGAUUCAGAUAGCCAGGAAUCAACUCAAAUGUGUGCGUCACAGGACAAAACCGCUAGUGCUGUGUGUGAGCAAGAACAGCCAGACACUCCAAUCAACUUGCUCACUCCCAGUCAGAGAGAAAGUAUCACCGAAACCACUGUUUGUCCUCCUCCUGCAUCUAAAUCACCGCUCCCACCAGUCAUCAGCCCAGAGGAUCCCAUGGCAGGGAUGCUCGCUCUCCUGACAGCCAGUGAAAUGGCCCAGGCCCGUCCUGGAACACCACCUGCCCCAACACUCUUACCACAGAUCGAAAACCCUCCUGUGGAUCCAGACUGCAGCAGCGCUGGUGCUCUAGAGAUGGUGGCGCUGGAGGGGAUGGCCCUGCUCAGCCAAAUGGCCCAGCAGGAGAUGGAGCACAUCAGCCUGGAGCAAGAUCUGACAUUAGAUGGCCUAGACUGUCUUCUUGAAGCAAGCAGACAGAUUUUGUUGGAGGCCAUCGAGAAACAGUCCCACAUUGAUCUGCCUAGAAUGCUGGAUCCCGACAAGAAGUACAGCUGGAGGCAGAGGAAGGAGGAGCCGCUGUACAGUAAAAUGUCUAUGGAAGUGUUGGAUGCAGUGGAGGUGGAAUACCGUGUUCGCUUGGCUGAGCUGCAGAAGACGUACAAGGAGAAGCAAAGAGAUUUGAGCAAACUGCAAAGACGUCGAGACAAGCGUGAGCGGCAGCAGCAGGAGGAUGAGAGGCGGAGUCUGACCAGACGCGGCAGAGGGCGACCCAGGAAGAGGAAACACUUGACAACACCUCCCAAACUGGACAGCAGACCUGGAAAGGUGGGUCGAUCAGUGCAAUACUCUGAAGACUCUGAAGCUGGGGAUGGGCAGAGGAAGAGAUUUCGGCUGUCCAGAGAAGAAGAGGAGAUGGAGGCAGGAAAUGGAGGAGUGAAGAUGAAAAAGAAGAAGAAAAAGAAGAAGAGCUGGAAUGACCAGGAGCCGUCCACCAGUCAUGCUCUGGAGAUGUUGAAGGCGAAGCGUGGCCACAUGUGUGAGCAGGAGCAGCUGGCAUCAGAUCUUGACAGAGCGCUUUCGCUCUCACAGCUCGGCUCACUUGCCGCAUCUCACAAACUUGCAUCCAACUCCAAAUUAGACAAGUCGAAGGGCAAGUCUGCGGAAAGUCGGAUGAAGGAGCGCGGCAUUCACUCAUCCACCAAAGGAGGGAAGCACAAGUUGGCUGCCAAGGCCUCUGCUUCAGAGACCGUCCGAAAAGUGAAAGGUCAGAAGAAGACUGCUGUGUUCUCUCCCAUGAGAUCAGAGCUCAGCAGCUGCUCCAACAACUCGGAUUCAGAAGAGCACAAUUCCGCUCGAGGGGGCUGGCCCCCUCUCUCAGGGACACGUUCCCACGGCAACCUGACCAGGAAGAGGCGGUCCGCAUCAUCGCCGACAUCCCUACUGUCGAGUCAGAAGUCUCAGAAGAAGAAACACAAGCACUUAUCCCUGCUGCUGGAGGAAGCAGGCCUCAGCUCCUCUGAUGACUCCUUUGACCAAGACACAUCCGAGGACGAUGACGACGGCAACGAGGAUGAGUCUGAUUCGGAUGAUGACGACGUCUGUGAGGAGAGCGGGCUGGGUCUGCUGGCUAGGUUUGCGGCGAGUGCGCUCCCUGUCAGCUCCACUCCACUGAGCCUUCUCCAUGAUGGCAAACACCGCAGUAGGCAAAGCACUCUAGGGUCAUCAGAGUGCGAGUGGUCUGACUCUGGCUCAGACUUACGGCUGAGGAAGUUCCCCUCUCUGCUGCAUGGCAAACGUUCUGCCCCGGAGCUCCCCCUGUUGCCCCCUGCCAAUCGCCGCCUUGACCAGACCAGCCCCACUAAGCGAGAUGAGACACUGCCAAUCAAACGCAGUUCAUUGCCCAAACCACGUCCCUCGCCUCGGUCACCACGGCGCUUCAGCUUCGACCUCCCCAUCAGCUCCGGGGUCGGAGGCUUCAGCGAGGAUGAGGCCUGGACCCGACGGCGCAGCGAGAGGAUUUUCCUCCACGAUGCCACCAACUCAGCCAAUCAGACAUCUGUGCCAGUUUCUGCUUCCUCCAGCCAGAGCUCCUCCUCCAGCUCAGCCCCACCUCUUACCCCGAAGCCAGCCUCCAGGCACAAACCUGCUCCGCCCAGCAGAGAGGGGAAAGAUGUGGUGAAAAAAAAGAAGCUGAAGGACUCUCCUCUGCCUGUGAGCCCAUCCACGCUGUGUGGUCCAAUCACAGACGGACCUGUGUCUCUGAGCCUCAGCCCAUCACGCAAGAAUCAACCAAAAGCCAAGACCAAGGCCAGAGAGCCUUCCAGGGGAGCAGUGAGCCGGCUGAUGGAGAGCAUGGCGGCAGACGAAGACUUCGAGCCCAACCAGGACAGCAGCUUCAGCGAAGACGAACUCGUCCCCCCACGCAGCAACAGCGUAUCCGAGAGGUCCUCCACACCUGCUCCAGUGCAGUGUGUGCUGGACAAGGAUUCUCUGGUGGACGGACUUAGAGUUCUGAUCCCAAUGGAUGACCAACUACUGUACGCAGGACACGUGAACACUGUACACUCCCCUGACAUAUACAGCGUGGUGGUGGAGGGGGAGAGAGGGAACCGACCACACAUCUACUGCUUGGAACAACUGCUGCAGGAGGCGAUCAUUGACGUGAAGCCUCCCUCCGUGCGCUACCUCCCAGAGGGCACUCGCAUCGCUGCCUACUGGAGCCAGCAGUACCGCUGCCUUUACCCCGGCACUGUUGUCAAUGGAAGUUCAGAUAUUGACGAGAAUGAUGAUCUUAUCACGGUGGAGUUCGAUGAUGGUGACACAGGCCGCAUACCCCUCUCCCACAUAAGACUGCUGCCACCAGAUUACAAGAUCCACUGCGCUGAGCCGUCACCUGCCCUGCUCGUUGCCAGCUGCUCCAGGAGGCGAGUCCGUAAAUGCAGCAAAGAGGGCAAAGAGGCAGGAACAAAGCCAGAGGAGACGGUCCCUAAGAUCAAAGGAAAACCUGGUCGCAAACCCAAACCCAAACCAGAGAACCCAGAUGGCCGGGAGAAAGCUGAUCCUCCAUCUUCCUCCACCCAGCCUGCAGAGAGAACCCAGACCUCGGCCAAGCCUUCCCAGGACAAGACCUCCUCUGUCCAGAAGGCAGCUCAGGAGAAGUCCCAACCUGCAUCCCGACCGACAAUGGGAACCCAGGCAAAAGUGGGUCGCAAGAGUUCCACCACUUCCCCCACAAGUAGCCCUGUCCUUCCCAACCCGGUGCCCAGGAAGGCCAGCUCAGCGCAGCCUCCUGUUCCUAAACCAACCCGCUCUCUCCCUCCCUCCCUCUACCCCUCCACGUAUGGAAAGGUCCUGACUGUGGAUCUGUACAGUGAGCCCAACCUCAACUCAUACAACAACCAGCGCAGAGAAAGAGAGAACACCAGCAGUGUCAGUUCCACCGCCAACAGACCAAUGUCCAGACCCAGUAUGGCAACAUCAUCUGCUGCACCCAAGCCAAAUGCUUCAUCCGCGCCCAGGCCCACUUCUGCUUCCACACCCAAAACCAAAUCUUGCUCUGACCAUCAUAGCGGCUCCAGACCCAGCCUUAGCUCUGGACUUAUACCUAGCCCUAUCCCCAGGCUGUCAACAGGCAAACCCAGCUCCUCACUGACUCCCAGAUCUUCAUCUUCAUCAUCGUCACUGUCAUCAUCAUCUGUCCCCAGACCCAAACUGAAGAUGCCGUCCGAUCAGCUAUCCUCCAGCACCAGACACAGCCCCAUCUCCAGGCCCAAACCCAGCUCAGGGCAAAGUGACGUGGGCUCGGUUGUGAGGCGCAAGCCCACCUCUGCAGAGCCUCUUGUGAAGCUCGACCAUGAAGGUGUCACCUCCCCCAAGACCAAGAAGACCAAGGCUCUCAUGUUGUUAGAGGGACGGGGUGUGAGACGAGAUCACACCCCCAUCGCCACGGCCACAGAAAAUCAGAAACCACUAAAGGCUAAACCGAGAGCUCCAGAUAGAGAGAGUGGCCCACCAGACAAAGACACCUACAAAGCACCAAUGCUGGCUAAGGACAAGGCAGAGGGUCGUGGAAGUACUGGGAGAGGACAAGAGGUGGACAUAAGGGAGGAGAAAGGUAAAAAAGAGGAGAGAAAGCAGGUGGAGAAAAGAGAGGAGAGAAAGAUGAAAGAGGAAUCUCAGAGUAGCAGCAGCUCAGAGUCCGAGGAAGAAGGGCAGAAAGGGAAGAUUAAGAAAAAGAAGAAAUGCACAUCAAGUUGCUCUUCUUCCUCUUCAUCCUGCUCUGGUUCCUCCUCAUCUUCUUCGUCGUCAUCCUCCUCGUCAUCCUCUUCCUCUACUGAUGACUCCUCCUGCAGCUCAGAUGAAGAGAGGACCCCUACGCCUCCACCAGGUCCUGUCACCCCACCUCCAGUGCAGGACAAACUAAAAGAAGAAACAAAAGAAGAAGAAGAAGACGAAGAAGAGCUGAAGAAAGAAGUAGAGGUAAAAGUGGAAGAAGAAGAAGAGCUGUCGCCUCCUUCUGAAUCUCUCUCCCCUUCAACCUCUCCAACUCCUACUGCAUCUGUUCCCCCUAAACCUGCUAAACCAGCCACCGGGAAGGGCUCCGGGCAAAGGGGUCGUCCUCCGAAGCCAAAGCCCAGCGGAGGGGAGGGGAAGGUGGGAAGACCAAAGCGGAGAGAGGGGGUCCACCUCCCCACAACCAAGGAGCUGGCUAAACGCCAGAGGCUGCCCAGUGUGGAGAACAGGCCCAAAAUUUCUGCUUUCCUUCCAGCCAGACAACUCUGGAAGUGGUUUGGGAAACCCACACAGAGACGUGGCAUGAAGGGCAAGGCCAAGAAGCUCUUCUAUAAGGCCAUCGUGCGAGGUCGAGAGAUGAUCCGCAUCGGUGACUGUGCUGUGUUCCUGUCCGCUGGCCGGCCUAACCUUCCUUUCAUUGGCCGCAUCCAGAGCAUGUGGGAGUCAUGGGGCAGCAACAUGGUCGUCAGGGUCAACUGGUUCUAUCACCCUGAGGAGACAAACCCUGGCAAGAAACUCACCGACAAGAAGAACUGGGAUCAGAUGUGUGGUCAGUCUUUACCAGCAGCUCUGCACUCUUCUAUCCAGAGGAAAGACUUCAUGGAGCGCGCCCUCUACCAGUCAUCUCACAGUGACGAGAAUGAUGUGCAGACGGUCAGCCACAAGUGCCUAGUGGUAAGCGUGGAGGAGUAUGAGCAGAUGACCCACACACGCCGCUACGCCGACAGUGAAGACCUCUACUACCUGGCCGGAACCUACGAACCCACAACCGGCAUGAUCUUCAACACCGAUGGGGUCCCAGUCAUCUGUUAAACAAACACAGAAACCAAAUUAUGACGUGAAUGAACAUCUUUGGACCUCCCUAAGGAGUGAAACCCAACCCGAGGUCUUUCCAAGUCUAAUCACUGAUCUUCGUUCACGAUGGAUCUUUCACAGCUGUGACUCAUCCUUUUUCGAUACACUUCAAACAGACUGUCAAGAAGAGCUACUACUACAGAGACAGGAGACACUAGACAGUAUUAGAAGGAAUAGGUUUCUUGUAACUUUUGCACACAGACUCCAUUAACACACACGGCUCGUUGUGUUCGUGGGAAAGCUUCAGAACACACAUGAGCACUUCAGUGUCCUUUUACAUGUAAAUAUAUCCCCCAUAAACACAUACUUACAUUCACACAUGCACAGACACAUGUAAAUAUCCACUUCCAUGUAAUACACACAGUUAUAUAGAGGAAAAUAUGAGUGUUUUAUUUUCAUGUAAUAGAUUUAUGUCAGAGUACUUUUUUUUCUAAAGAGGUAAACAGUCGAGAAGCUUUAAUGAACUGUGAAUGGUGAUACAGGAGAGAGGCCCGUUUCUGUCCGUCAGAGAGCAGACAGACAAACAUGCCGGUGAUGUGAUGUUGUGAUUAUGAUGUUGCUUUGGUGAUGUUACAGUCAUGUUACAGUCAUAUAAAUGUAUCUAGAGAACAGCAGGAGCGACAGACAGACGGAAAGACAGACCGAGAUGCACAGAAAGAGAGAGGUAGAGACUCCUUCCAUUGCUGUCCAACAGAAAGCACUUAAAACAACACUUAAAGUCUGCCCUCCUUUUAUUUAAACCCAUCAGUUCCCCUUGACAAUCCUAACUCGGGCAGGCAAACUGCCCGCGUGCUACUAAAAUGUCUGACUCCCUCAGAGACUCAGGCUUUAAGAGAGAGGAAGGAAUCUUGUACAAUUAAAAGCACUUCCCACUUUUUCCCUCUUUGAGUUCCUUCUCUUAAAGGAAAAAUCCACCUUGAAAACACUAUGAAACAAAACAGCUGCUGCUGAUGUAUCUUGUAAUUCGUCCAUUUUGCACUGAGGUUGAACAAACAUGGGAAGAAAUGGAUUCCAGAGGAGGCAGAGACUCCAGUUUCUCCACCUGAUAGAAGCCUCAGUAGUGACCCGGCACAGCUGCAAGAUUCAGGAGUCUGGGAGAUGUUUAAUGUCGGAUGUCUUUUUUUGUUAAGGAAAAAUGGAUAACCAAGAAAAGUAAACUACAGCACUUGAUCACAAAUUGACUCCAUGAAUACACUGAACAAGAAAAGCUGAUGUAUUAACAGUGUAGGAGUCCCAGAGGGUGGAUUUUUCCUUUUUUCUCUUUUUUCUUUUUUUCUCAAAGGUGUUUUCAGGGUUGUAAACAUUGCAGUCAGUCCAAGAUGCAUCAAGGUCAUGGCACUGAUAGUUAGUAUGCAGCUGCCAGCACUGAUUAGAUUAUGAACAUAAUUCGAUUUUAACAGUCAUCGUCUGCAGUUUGGCUUCAUUCAUUUAUUUUGGCUGCAGUGUUCUCAACCUCUAAGUGUCCUGUGUUGGAUGUGUUUUAUUUUUCUUUUGCUUCUGCUGUUUUACGGACAUCUGUCUAUCCGCAGUUUGAACACUUUUCGCCCCUCCAGGCAAUCAUCUUUGACAUGAGUGCACUUUGAAUGCAGAGGAGACUGUGUGACUGGGAGUCCUGUACGUCUUCCUAGAGUAUUUACUAACCCCCUCCCGCCUCUCUCGCUGCCUCUCCUCUGCAUGAUGUCCCCUUCGCCCUUAAGACACAGAUAAACAGACACGGGCCACCACGUCCCCUUUGACACGUUCUUCUUUUUGUCUUUCUUAGCUGCUUAUGAAUUUUUUCUAUGUGCCUAGUUUUAACCGUUUUUAGGGUGAGACUGUUGAAUGUCAUGCUCAGGGUUGUGAGCGUUUGUGCGGCCUUAUUCUUUCAGGCCUUAUGAUGAUGAUUCGCCAAAAUCUCACUUAGGUCCCGCCCCCUCAAGGAAUAAUCAGAUUGGGAUUUUCCCAGCCUGCAGACAUUGGGAUUUCUUUGUGAUUUAUCGUUUAAACAACCCUCCGUUCCUGAGCUCUUAAGUCACUUAGCUACACUAUUGUGUAUAGUUUGUAUCAGUGUCUAUAUACAGUAUAUAGUAAACUGUAUAUAGUAUAUAUGUGUGAUUAUCGUAUUGAUUUUCUUGUAUGUUUCUUACCGCGUUGCCCUCUCUCUGCUCUGCUGCAGAGACUGAAGAUUGUCUUGUUGAUAUUCAAUAGAUUUAAUAUUUUCUACUCUUUUGAGAUCUUUUGGUUAUAUCUGAAUUCGUCUGGUUUUAGUGUAGAAUAUAUGCUAUUUUUACUCACUCUGAAACGGCUGUGAGACGUCCCCACAUGUUUAUGAUGUUGAUGUGACAUUUUCCCGUUGAUUGAGAACAGACGUCUACCAGUGUGGUAGCAUUUCAGUACAUAUGAAAUCCCGACAUUAUAGCCACCUAGUAAAGGAAAGAUUUGAUAAUAUGCUGCUAGUUUAUUGCUAUUGAAAGUGGUUUAUAACCAGGUACGGAGUGAUUAUACGUGCUGUUUUCUGAAUUGGCUCGACCGAUUGAUGCCAGAAAAUGUUAUCUGCUUAAAGCCCCACCUGCUCCUCAAGCUGCUGUUCAAGCAUCCCUGCAUGAAACUUUCUCCAGACUGAAGUUCAGAAGUUUUGAGUGACACUCGGCCAAAUUGGAUCUCGAGCUGGUAUCUCAGUCGUGGGAGUGUAAUGGGUACACUGGUCGUACCGGUGUUUGCAGAGUGAACACGUUAAAAGUGCCCGUUACGAAUGUUUGUUUACCCCUGAAGCUGCUAAAGCACUUUUUUUCUGUGUGUGUGUGUGUGAAGGAGGGAGACUGAUAAGGCAUCACACUCUUAUCCCCUGGUAUUACCCACACGCACACACACUUACACACACCUUUGUAACCCUUUAAGGUGUGUGCUAUUGCCUUCCAAUCUCUAUUUGCCCCCUAUCUCCAUCCAAAGCCCAGCCUUAGGCCUUCACACAGGGUCCAACACACACACACACACACACACACACACUUAUUGCCCACUUCGCCUUCAUUUUUAUUUGGUGUCAUAUAUUUUAUGAGCCUGACUUUGUGUACAUUCUUUUUAUCGCCAUUUUUGUUUUACUUUGCCUUGUCUUUUAAGUCUCGUUUUUGCUGUGUUUUGUUUUUUCAUUUGUUUUGGUGUUUUUUGUUUUGUUUUGGGUUCUUUUGCAUGUUUCUGUCAUCAUAUUUUCCCUUGCUUCCCCUCUCUGAACAAUCGUCCACGCCUCUCAAGCAAUACCGCUGACUGGCAUAGGGAGCUAGCUGCUAGAGAGAGAGAGAGAGAGAGAGAGAGGAAGAGAGAGCAAAAGAGAGAAUGGAGGAGAGAGAGAGAGAGAGUGAGGUGGACUGGAGGCUGGUUCUUCGUCUGCUGUUCCUUCAGUAUCGUUAUAGUCCUGUUACAGAAAAAAAGAUUAUUUUGAAAAUAAAUAGAAAAAUCAUCUAAGUUUUGUAAAUGAUCCUUCACUGUCAAGGGGAUAAAAGCUAUCAGAAUAUACUUUGUACACAUGUCUAAUCUUGUAAAAAUGCAAAAGAAAAAAAAACAAAAAAAUAUGUUUUAGAGAUAAAUCUAAAACCAGAUAUAUUCUGUCACCCUAUACUGUACGUGUAAGUAACUGUUUUUUUUUCUCUCUUUUUUUUUUUUUUUUACAGCAACCACGUUUAUCAGUGUUUCUUUUAAAUUGUUUUAGUAACUCAAUAUUUUAUAGUUAAUCAAUAAACAGAUGGAACUGUA